AACCUCCCUCGUCUUCCUCCUCUUGCACCUAGCUAAACACGAACAGAGUAUAGCUAAGCUAGCCAGCUGAUCAUCAGUAAGCCGUAGCCGCCAUGGCGAGUGGAUUCUUCCACCAGCUGGAGGUGAUCAUCAUCAUCCUUUGCUUCUUCCCUACUUUUCCAUCCUUCGCCUCCGGGAGGUACUCGCCACACGACGGCGCGACGGCGACGUGGGCGGGGCAUCAUCAUCAGCUGCAGGUGGCGCGCGACCACCCUCGUGGCUGCGGCGGCGGCGGCGGCCUCGCCGAAUACUGUUGGGUUGCGCGGCCGCAGGCGAGCGUGGCCUCCGUUGCAACCUUUGUCUCUACUGCCGGCGCGGCGUCACCCCAUCAGGCAUCUUUGCAGCCCGGUGAUUUCAACUGCUCCGUGCUGUCCGGGUUCGUGACACGUCCUGGUUGCUCUCCGCUGCCGGCGUUCGCCGCGGCGGCCGGCAAGUCGUCGUCCCACCGCACUGUCACCGGCGGCCUACCGGAGCUCGACUCCGAGCUGGCGCUACUGGCCAUGAUCAUCGUGCUAGCUGAUCGAGCGACGGACCGGAGGAAGAAGAAGAGCGGAAGGGCGAGAUACUCCGUGGCGGCGAUAGGCGCCCUUCUGGUCAUGCUGCUGCGGCAGGUUCCGCAUCUGCAGCACCGGUGGCAGAUGCAACACGCUCAAACUGCACCAAUGAUCCCAACAUGCCCAAGCAUUUUCGGUGCAACCCCCAUCGUAAUUAAGCCCCGUGCUGCACAGUGAUCAGGCUCUCUUCAAUACAGAUGUUCACUAUGGAAGAGAUGCUUAUAAGUUAUCUGAUACUAGAGUAUAGAAAUACUCAAAACAUGUACGUGAGGAUUAGUGGAUGCUAUGAUACAUUAAUAUCUUGUUCAUGCUAUUACCUAUCAAUGGAAUAUCUUUGUCACGUUUAAAUA